AUGGCAGUUAAAGUUCCAUAUACUCCAAAGAAACAACCUGUUAUUGAAUUCAUUCCAUUUGAUGGAUUGAAAUUCAAAACAGAAUUUUGGCAACAUGCUGAAGGUUCUACUUAUAUAGGUAGAAUCUUAUAUGUUCAUGGAUUCGCUGAAGAUUCUAAAAUGUAUUGUGAAUAUUUCGAUAUAUUAAGUGAUCUUGGUUUCGAUAUCUUCUUUUUUGAUCAAAGAGGUGCAGGUGAAACAUCCCCAGAAAAAGACCACGGUAAAACCAAUGAAUCUUUGGUUUAUAAAGAUUUAGAAUUCAUCAUUAAGAAGAAUUUGGAAAGUAUGAAACAAAAAGAUCCUAAAGAGAAAUUGAUUUUAAUGGGACAUUCAAUGGGGGGAGGAAUUGUAUUAAAUUAUGCAGUCAAAGGUAAAUAUAGAGAUCAAAUUAGAGCUAUUGUUGCAACAGGACCAAUGGUUUUAUUACAUCCUUCAACGGCUCCAAAUUUCCUUUUGAAAACAUUUUCAAACCUUGCUUACAAAUUAGCUCCUAAUUUUAGAUUAGAUGCUGGAUUAAAUAUCAAUUAUGUCACACUGAAUGAAAAAUGGCAAAAAUAUAUUGCUGGACAUACUAAGAAGUUUUGGAUUACAUCCAAUUUAUUCCAUGGUAUGUUACAUCGUGGGGAAAAUUUAACCAAACCAGAAUAUGUUUCAAGUUUUGAUCCAGAUAUUCCAGUAUUAGUAUUCCAUGGUACUAAUGAUCAAAUAAAUUGGCUUGAUGGUACUAAGAAAUUUAUUGAUCUUUUACAUGAUAAUGUUGAUAAAGAAUUUGUACCUAUUAAAAACGCUAGACACUCUCUUGCAGUUGAAGUUGAUCCAUUAAGAGAUCAAGUUAUUGAUAAAAUAGUCGAUUAUUUCAAAACCCAUUAA